AUGACUCAAAUGCUUACUUUCCUGUUCUGUCUCUCUUCCUCGACGUUUCUUUCCGUUGCCCGAGCAGAAGGCAGAGCUCCUCAUGGCUUGGUAUACGAGAGCCCGCUCGCGUUCUCUCCAAUGGCAUAUGAUUUCUUUCAUCCAAGUGCCCAGAAUUCCAAUGCCAAAGACCCAUGUGCUGCAUCCAAAUGCUCCCCUCUUCCCCUUGCAGCCCAAGUGCAAUCUACUCCUGCACAGCAAAGCAAAUACUCCACAGCAGUCCAGAAAGGGGAGCACGGACUCGGGGCUGGUGGGGUUCUGGGGAUUGUGUUAGGCAUCAUGUUUGCUGUGUUUUUGGCAAUGGGGGUGUACUAUGUGUUACGCACCCGCCAAGCCAACGCAAACCGAGCUAUGUCCACACAACCUGGUGCAUGA